CAUCUCUAUUUUUGGGGGAUGGGACCUGAUGAGGGAGAGUGUAGCUUCCAUCUUUGAAAACCAAAAUUUUAGUACAUAUUUUUUGAUUUAAAUUAAUGGAAACAAGAGAUUUUCUUUCAUCCACAAGACACACAAAUUUCCUGUUUCAAAGAAGGUAGAGAGAGAAUCGAAGCUUUAAAUGCGAGUUGGUUGAUUCCAUCUUCUUCAUCAUCUUCUCUUAAACACUAAGCAUACCUAUCUCUACUUUUUGGUAUAUAAGCUUAUUAAACCCUUCCUUUGUAGAUCACCAAAUCCGGAGACCUGAAUUUCUCAGUUGUGCCCCCCAUUUUUUGGACGGAAAGAAUGGAUUUUUAUCCAUGCCCAUUUCGUUCCUCUUCGUGUCCAUUGCUUUUCUUGGGGAAUUUCGUUGAAAGGGUUAAGGAUUUCUUCAGUUUCGCUGUUGCUGCCGUCAUUGGAAACAUUUUCUCUGCAAUUUUGACCUUCUUCUUCGCAUUAGUGGGCACCUUGUUAGGGGCCAUGACAGGAGCUUUGAUAGGCCAGGAGACUGAGAGUGGAUUUGUUCGAGGUGCAGCGGUUGGGGCCAUUUCUGGAGCAGUUUUCUCAAUUGAAGUCUUUGAAUCUUCUCUUGUUCUCUGGCAAUCUGAUGAAUCUGGGAUUGGAUGCCUUUUGUAUUUGAUUGAUGUCAUUGCAAGUCUUCUAAGUGGGAGGCUUGUACGUGAACGAAUUGGUCCAGCAAUGCUAAGUGCUGUGCAAAGUCAGAUGGGAGCUGCUGAGACAAGUUUUGAUGAGGUUACUAACAUCUUUGACACGGAUGGUGCAAAAGGAUUAACGGGAGAGUUGGUUGAAAAGAUCCCAAAAAUCAAAAUCACAACCAAUGAUAAUAUAGAUGCUUCCGGGGAGAAAGUGGCUUGUUCAGUUUGCCUUCAGGACUUUCAGCUUGGAGAAACAGUUAGACGACUGCCUCAAUGCCAUCACAUGUUUCACCUACCUUGCAUAGAUAAGUGGCUUCUCAGGCAUGGUUCUUGUCCUUUAUGCAGAAGGGAUCUAUAAUGCUUUCUUUGUAAAUUCCACGCUUAGAAAAGUUCUCUUAUUAUUUAUACUGCUGUUUACUCGUUAGGUCUUUCAUAUUUUGUUCAUCAUUGGCUGCCUACCCUGUCGCUCCAGAGAUGGUAGUUUAAGUGCUUCAUGUCUCUCAAUGGAUUGUUGUACUUGAACUUGAUUCACUCUAUGUAUAAAAGUUUUGAUCAGUU